CUCACACACUAAUGUACCUAACACACUGACAUCAAAGGUUGACUUGAGGUCUGGUUCAUGUACAUACCUACCUAUGUAUGUAUCAUCUGGCUAAGCUGGCCUUUGAACGAACGAAAUAACUUGCUUUAUUUUUAUACAGAACUUACCUAGGUAGCUACCACAUAUACUGGCGGAAUGGUUAGGAUAUAUCUACCUGUUAGCUAGGUAACAAAAGACACGAUGGCGAUUCCCUGGGGAACGAUAAAGUCCCUCCUCAUAUUCUUCGGACCUAUGCUUCUACCCAAAGCCAUAAGCUACUACCGCUCCGUCCGCAAUGCGCCCCGCGCCGCCGGCGUCUCGAUACAGCCGGUGCCGCCUCAAGCUCUACGCGCCAUCUCCGCGCUCGUCAUGGGCGGUCUCGUCCUGCUCUUCGGCGCCCUCCCCCUCUUCUCUCCCGAGAACGUCUUCGUGCGCACGCAGUCCCGCCUACAGAUCCCAACCGACGUACUCUUCAACCGCCUCGCAUCUCUACGCCCCCUCUCCGCCGCCGACGACGCUUUGCGCGCGCGCUUCGUAAACCUAGAGUCUAGGUUGCUAUACCUGCAAUUCGGCCCCGAGGUCCUAGCCACCUGUCCCUUCUGCACCUCCGACGACCCCCGCUCCUACUUCUACUACGCCCUUCCCGCGCUCCUCGCACCGCACCUCAUCAACCUCAUUCUCGCCUCCGUCGCAACCUCCGAGCUCAUGUCUGGGCCCUACGGCCCCAAGUGGCGCGCCACUGCCGCCGUAGCCAGCGGUCUCGGCGCCGCUCUCGACAUAUACCUCGCCAGCUCGUACAACUACCAAGCGAACGCGCGAGCCACACGCUUGACCGACCUCGAUCCUUUCUUCUGGACCUCGCGCACAGCACGACACCUCGGGCUCGCCUCUCUCGACUUCCUCCUGGCUUACUUGCUGUACCUCUCCAGCACCAACCGAGCCUUCGUCGCCCCGCCGAGCGCCGUCGUGCGCGUGGAGGCCGUGACGCGGCAACUGCAGGGGACGAAGGGACGGUUGAAUGCUGUGGGAAUAGUUAAGAACACGGCGAACCGGGACGAGGAGCUACGGGCACGCAGUCAGGCGUACUGGCGGCACGAGGGUGUGGUGAUGCGGGAGGUCAUGGAGGAGCGCGAGGUAGUCGAAGGUGUGAAUGAUGCGCUACAGAAUCGUAUUGAUAUUGGCGAUAUUACGAGAGACGCUGAUGCCUACGCAUUGAACGUGCUGCCGAGGAUGGAGGAAGCGGUUACGCCGGAGACGAUUGUGGGAUAACUAGGUGAUAGGAUAGCGUGUAUAGAUAGAGCCUCAUAUAUGGAUAAUACGGAAUAGAGUUCGGUUUAGACAUAAA